AACUCUGUUCCCACACUGGAAGAGCGUUGAACCCAGAGUCACUCCGCUGGUUGUUGUUGAGGAUAUCACAUCAGAGACUGCAAAAAUGGUUGAGCAAUUCAUUGGGACGUGGAAGAUGAUUUCCAGCGAGAACUUUGAUGAAUACAUGAAAGCAAUUGGUGUGGGCUUUGCGACCCGACAGGUGGGGAAUCGGACCAAGCCCAAUUUGAUAGUGAGCGUGGACGAUCAAGGGAUUGUAUGCCUGAAGUCUCAGAGCACUUUCAAAACUACUGACAUCAAGUUCAAGCUCAACGAGCCAUUUGAUGAGAUUACCGCAGACGAUAGGAAGACUAGGACCGUGUUCACUCUGGAGAGCGGCAAACUUAUGCAGAAACAGAGCUGGGAUGGCAAAGACACGAAUAUCGAGAGGGAGAUCACAGAUGGGAAAUUGAUAGCGAAAUGCAUUAUGGGAGACGUGAUCGCAGUGAGGACGUACGUGAAGGAGGCGUAAUGGGGUCCCAUCAGACCUCUCGUUGGAUGCAUUGCUGCAUGACCGGCUCAGUUCAAUGAGCGUAAUACCAAACUAAAGGCGUGCUCUGCUCUUCCUAUUCUUUAUCUUCACUGUUGCCAAAAAAAGAAUUGUGCCACUGUUCUCCAACAUGACUCAUUUGGUUUCAUUUGGAAUUGUUGUGAUUUCAAUAAAAAUGACUGAAAUUGUCAAAAUUG